AAUGUGAAAAGUCCAACCUCUUUCUCUCUCCCUGACGAUUUGUCAAUAAAUUGGAGAUAAUCGCCACCAAACUCUUUCACACAAGUCGUAACGGUCCUUCAAAGAUUUUGUUUUUCUUUUCUUCUUUGGUUCUGAAAGAGAAAAAAUUACGUAAUGGCGGAGAUCUCGGGAAACGGCCAUGGUGACUCCAAAGAAGGAGCAGUGAUGGUGAACAUCAACCAAGAAGUUGAACUUCAACAACAACAAAAAGAAGCUAUUCAUACCACAAAAUCCAUGAAGAAACAAGACUCUGUCCUCUCGUUCUCUGUCCCUUUCUUACAAAAGUUGAUGGCGGAGAUUCUUGGAACGUACUUUUUGAUAUUCGCCGGUUGUGCAUCGGUGGCUGUAAACGCCCAACACGACAAAGCCGUGACUCUUCCGGGGAUCGCCAUCGUUUGGGGACUCACCGUCAUGGUUCUUGUUUACUCUCUCGGUCACAUCUCGGGCGCUCAUUUCAAUCCGGCGGUCACGAUUGCGUUCGCAUCUUGCGGCCGUUUCCCUCUCAAACAGGUUCCGGCUUAUGUGAUAUCACAAGUGAUCGGAUCGACGCUUGCGGCGGCGACGCUGCGGCUUUUGUUCGGACUUGAUCAGAAUGUUUGCAGCGGGAAACAUGAUGUGUUCGUCGGAACAUUACCGUCGGGAUCCGAUUUGCAGUCGUUUGUGAUCGAGUUUAUAAUCACUUUCUACCUAAUGUUCAUCAUUUCCGGAGUUGCAACCGACAAUAGAGCGAUUGGAGAACUUGCCGGACUAGCAGUGGGGUCGACGGUGCUACUUAACGUGAUUAUUGCCGGACCGGUAUCAGGAGCUUCGAUGAAUCCAGGAAGAAGUUUGGGACCUGCAAUGGUAUACAAUUGCUACAAAGGAAUUUGGAUAUACAUAGCGUCUCCAAUUCUUGGUGCGGUUGCGGGUGCAUGGGUUUAUAACACGGUUAGAUAUACCGAUAAACCGUUGCGUGAAAUAACCAAAAGCGGCUCGUUUUUAAAGUCCGCGCGAAAUGGUAGCUCUCGUUAAGAAAACAAAGUCAUGGCUACGUUAAGUUAGUCAUUCGGAGGUUAUGUUGUAUUAUCAAUUAGAAGUAAUGACUGUUUUGGUAAUUGUGUUUCUUUAAAUGGAUAACUACCACUAAAAGUUUUAAGGACGUAUGGUAUGUAACGAAUAUAUAAAAUUAAUUUACCAAAAAAGAAUAUAUAAAAUUAUGAGUUUUAAACU